AUGAGAUGUUGACUUAUUGAGUUCCAGAUGAUCCAGUCUCUGCACCUAUAAUGCUUUGAUAAUAAUUAGGUCAGUACUGUGCAAGUAGGUAUUUUUUGUAAGAAAAAAGCCACAGUAUGUUCAAACCGCCUGUUGCAUAAAGGAAACAAGGCAAGGACUGGUGAACUGUUUAUUAAAUAUUCCUGGGCCUAAACCAACUAGCGAAAUUGUGUUAGUAUUCUCUCAAUAUAUAAUUUAAUUUGACUGAACGUUUUUGGAGGACUGCAGCUGUACAUGUGAGGAGAGAACAGGAAGAAGCCUGCGUAUUUCAGGCGACAGCUGAACCUGGCGCUGGCGCGCUCGGAAUGCGGUGAACGGCAGAAGUAGCGGGAGGCCUACUACUUUUUAUGGAAGCUGCCCACUGACAUGUAACUUCACCCAUUCGACUUUGAGCCGUCCACAGCGAACCGGGCGCACGCGUCUCCUUGCUUUGACAAGUUCGGAUUUCUGUACGCGGUUUUAGAUUUGAUUUUAUCCACUGCACAGACAACUCUUGUGGUAAGGAGGACAUUCCAGUGAAACAGGUAACAUUUGAAAAGGGCUCCGUCAAUCUGUCAGAGUGGCACAAACAUGACCGAAGUGGCGCAGAGUAUUGGAGAUGCCGCGUAUGAUGUAACACAGGAUGUGGGACAGGAUGUGGGACAGGAUGUGGUCAAUGUAGCACAUGAAGCAAGUGACAAGGUGCCCAAUGUGACUGAUAAAGCUCAAAGCGCCAACGUGAAAACGCGGCGUGGCCUUGUGGCGCACAAGAAGGAUGAUAUGGCGCACAAGAAGAAAGACGAAGAACACAAAGACGCUGACGAGGAAGUCCACAUGGGGCCUGAGGAGGACGAGGAAGAUGACAAAGAAAAUACGUCAAACGACAUGCUAAAGCGAAGGUCAAGAUUGAGAAAGAACAUGGAUGACAAGGCACAAAAUGGUGUGUCCCAGAACAAGGAUGAUGAAGAAUGGAACAACGAAGAGGACCAGUCACAAAACAUGUCUGAGGUGGCCUUAAAACAAGAGAGACUUCUGCGCUCCAAGCCGGUGGCCAGGAGCUAUGUGCCCCAGAUCGGUAAGUCUGACGUGAAGAACAAGUUCGAAGCCAUGCAGAAGGCCCGGGAAGAACGCAACAACAGGAGGAGUGAGGAGGAGCACCAGAAGAGGAAGGAGCAGUACAUCAAGGAGAGAGAAUACAACCGCAGGAAGCAACAGAUAAAAGAGCUACUUGCCUCCAGUGAUGAGGAGGAGGAGGUAAAGCCAGCCAAGGUAGAGAAAUCCUACGUCCCCAAGAUCACAGGCAGCGUGAAGGGGAAGUUUGCCGAGAUGGAGAAGCAGAGACAUGAGGAAGAGAGGAAGAAGAUGGAAGAAGAGAGGAAGAAACGCGCCGCCCAGGACCACAUGGAGAAAGCGAAGAUGCAGAAGGAGCUGGCCAAAAAAGCCGCUGAGGAAGGAGAUGACACCAUCCUGGUCCGUGUUGUGCCGGCAAAGCCAUCUAGACCUCCUGGUAGGAUCACAAUGAACUUUGAAGACCUGGAAAAGAACCGUGAGGAAGAGCUGAAGAAAAGGACAGAGGAAGAGAAGAAGAAACGCUACGACGAGAACAGGCGCUCCUUCCGCGAUGCCAAACGACGCUCUGUUGUACAGGAGGAGGAAGGGGAGCAGCCAGCUGAAAGGGAGCAGGUGACUCCUGGGAAGCUGAAGUUGACCUUUGAGGAGGCGGAGAAGGAGAGGCAGGAGCGGCUGAGGAAGCAAGCCGAGCUGGAGGCCAAACGACGGCUGCAAGAAGAGAAGAAAGCCUUUGAAGAGGCCAAGCUAGAAAUGGGCGAAGACGAUGAGGCCUCCCCAGGAGCACAGGUUGAAAGGGAGGUGAUCCAACCCGGCAGAUUGAGGCUGAGCUUCGAGGAGCUGGAGAAACAGAGGGUGGAGAACGAGCGCAAGGCGGCCGAAGCCGAGUACCGAAGACGCAUGGAGGAGGAGAGAAAGGCUUUCGCAGAGGCCAGGAAGAGCAUGAUAGUGGACGAGGAUGACGAGGUUCUCCUGGCCAUGCUGAACCUGGAGGGCAGUGAACCAGGGAAGCUCUGUGUCAGUUUCGAGGACAAGGAGCGCCAGAGGAGAGAGGCGGAGGAGAAGAGAGCGGAGGAGGAAGCCAAGAGGAGGCUGGAGGAGGAGAAGAGGCUGUUUGCAGAAGCCCGCAAGAAUAUGAGCCCCCCGGAUCUGGAAAAAUCUAAGACUUCAUAUCGAGAUGGAGAAGCGCUGGAGGAGGACGAGGAAGGGAUGGUAAAGAGUGAGUCUCAGGAGGCGUUACACCCUGGGAAAUUGGAAAUCAACUUCGAGGAGCUACUAAAGCAGAAGGAGGAAGCCGAAAGGAGGCGCAAGGCUGAAGAGCGCAAAAAGAAAAUGGAGCAGGAAAAACAGGAGUUUGAGCAGCUCAGACAAGAGAUGGGAGAGGAUGAGGUGAAUGAAAGUUCGGACAUGGUGAGUAACGAAUACGAGGAGCUGAGCAAACUCAAGAGGACCGGCUCCAUCCAGGCCAAGAACCUCAAGUCCAAGUUUGAGAAAAUCAAGCAGUUGAAAGACGAGGAGAUCCAGAAAAAGAUUGAGGAUGUGAGGGCACAGAGAAAGGCCAUUGAUGAAGAAAUCAAAGAGAGAGAGGAAGAGCGGAUCCAGGAGGAAGAUGAUGAAGGCAAAAAGCACACAGAAAAGGGGCCCGAGGAGGCUCCGUUCAAACAGAAGGUGGACAUGCGCGCGCGGUUCGAACAAAUGGCCAAAGCCAGAGAGGAAGAGGAGAGAAAAAGGGUGGAGGAACAGAAGCUGCAGAGGAUGCAGUUUGAGCAGCAAGAGAUCGAUGCCGCCCUGCAAAAAAAAAGGGAAGACGAGGAGGAGGAAGAGGGAAGCAUCAUCAACGGCUCGGCAGCCUAUGAGGACGAGGAGGACCACGCCAGGUCGGGGGCGCCGUGGUUCAAGAAGCCCUUGAAGAACCAGUCGGUGGUGGAUGCCGAGCCUGUGCGGUUCACGGUGAAGAUCACCGGGGAGCCCAAGCCGGAGGUGACGUGGUGGUUUGAGGGGGAGAUGCUCCAGGACUGUGAGGAUUACCAGUAUAUAGAGCGGGGGGAGACGUUCUGCCUCUACCUGCCGGAGACCUUCCCCGAGGACGAGGGGGAGUACAUGUGCAAAGCCGUCAACAGCCGGGGCACCGCCGCCAGUACCUGCAUCCUCACCGUAGAGACUGAGGACUACUGAUCUGCUCCUUUUUCUGGAACUUUCCCUGUCUCUCGCACUCCUUUUGUAAAACUUCAUCUCUCAUGGUAGGGCCAAAAAGAGGAGGAAACGGCAGUAUGCUCGCCAUUCCUUCUAGGGAUACACAAAAUAUUAAAAAGAGAUCAGAUCAUGUUGUUUACGUAUUAUUUACGUAUUGUACAUCAGUAAAGCUGCACUCGAGUGUUUAGGAGGAAACCUGUGCCAAAUCACUUUGGUCCCAUAAGUGACUGCUGUUAUGGAACAUGUUCAGAUUGGUUUUGUGAUAGUAACAUAGAUUAAUAAUAUCUGUGCAUCAGAGUUCAUGUCCCUUUACAAGUUCCAUUUGAGAAUAUGGUGCAACCCAAUUGAAAUCCCUAUGAAAUAGACAUAGCAGUAUGCACAAUAAAUAAAUAAAUAAACAACAAAAUAAUUAUCUCUCUAGGAUUUUUUACUAUCUUAAUAAUUAAUAAAAGGUUUCUUUGUACACUCUUAGAAAAGGGUUCCAAAAGUUUUUUUCUUAUUUCUCCAUAGCAGAAUUAUGAAGUGGACACAUUUGGUUUCCAAAAGUGGUCUAUCUGGACUAAAAGGGCUGUACUUGGAACUAAAAACCUGGAACCUCAAAAUGUUUAUUUAUAAAGGACAAAGACAGCCAAAUAACAAUUUUUUCUAAGAGUGUAAUGUACACUGAAUAUUUUUAAUGUCCCAAAUAUAUUUUGAACUUAAACUUAAAGUACAGUUUUACUGGAAAUUCCUCACAUUGGACAGUGUUGUAUGGUUUGUGAUAUAGUGACACAAUUGGGUUUGACUAGUCUGAAAUUCUGUGAAAUGUUUAUUAAGGUUUAAUAAAAUGUGUUGAAUACCA